AUCCUACAUUACGUCAUUAGGACCUGCGUACUUGUCGAUCGCGGUGAAUUUGGGGGAUGCAGCUCUCCGUGAAGCGAAGCAUGCACCUGCAGGAAACACCGGGCUGCCUUUUGUCUUCAGAUGAUUUGCUUUGGUUUAAUAUCUGUCAAUAAAACCGACAGAAAGGUCAAAAACACGGCAGGGUAAUAGGCAGGACUUCCUUCGGGCACUAACGAGUCCGGCUGUUUAUCUCGGCGUGCAGCGCAAGGCGAGCCACUUCAGGAUCAGAUAACAAGGUUCUCUUGUCACACACCACACUAUGCUGGGCUGCUUACUGCGAGGAGGAUGCAGUCCUCUGGUCUGCUUGUGGGCCCUGCUGCUGCCUCUGGUCUCCCUCAGUCAUUUGAACCAACAUGGGCGCAGGGGCCACAGUGUGAUGGACCGGCCAAAGCUGCUGCUCGUAUCCUUCGACGGCUUCCGCUGGGAUUACAUUGACCGGGUCCCGACGCCUAACUUCCACACCCUCAUAGAUGAGGGGGUGAUGGUGGAGCACGUGGAGAGCGCUUACAUCACCAAAACCUUCCCCAACCACUACAGCUUGGUGACGGGGCUGUAUGCCGAGACGCACGGCAUCGUGGCCAACGAGAUGUACGACCCCGCUCUGAACCGGUCCUUCUCCAUGGAGACAGACAGUAUUUAUGAUUCUCGGUGGUGGGAGGAGGCGGUGCCUCUCUGGGUGACCAUCCAGAAAGCUGGAGGGCGGAGCGGGGCGGCAAUGUGGCCGGGGUCUGACGUAAAGAUCCACGGCAUGUUCCCCAAUCAAUACCUCCCGUACAAUGCCUCAGUCUCCUUUGAAACCAGAGUGGAGCGGAUUAUUGAUUGGUUCUCUGCACCCAAAGAAGAAGCAGUGGAUUUUGGAGUUCUGUAUUGGGAGGAGCCAGAUGAGAGCGGGCACAACCUGGGACCUCAGAGUUCCCUCAUGGACGCUGUCAUUGCCGGGAUUGAUGAGAAGCUCGGCUUCCUCUUGAACGAGCUAAAGAAGGCAGCGCUGUUUGAGAAAGUGAACCUGAUAGUGACCAGUGACCAUGGGAUGACGCAGCUUUCCACUGAUAAAAUCAUAGAAUUGGAUGUGUAUGUGAGCAGAGACCUGUACACCUGGGUGGAUAAGAGUCCUGUGGUUGGAAUACUGCCCAAAGAAGGAAAGCUUGACGAGGUGUAUAGUAAGCUGGUGGAUGCUAACCCGAACAUGGUGGUGUACAAGAAGGAAGACAUUCCUGAGCACUUCCAUUAUCAGCACAACAUCAGGAUCAUGCCCAUCCUCAUAGAGGCCAAGGAGGGCUGGACCGUCGUGCAGAACAGGACCGGGCCCUUCAUGUUGGGAAACCACGGCUAUGACAACACCUUACGUAGCAUGCAGCCUGUGUUCGUGGCCCGUGGGCCGUCCUUUCGCCAGAAAUACGUCAAGACCUCCAUGCGCUGUGUUGACCUUUACCCUCUCAUGUGCCACAUCCUGUCCAUCCACCCUCUACCAAACAACGGCUCCCUCUUAAAUGUUCAGGACCUGCUGUCUGCAGAGCCAGCUCCAUCCAUGCCCAGCAUCCCUCCCAAGGUCAACGGGUACUCCUACGCCCCCGUCAUAGGUUUCUUCCUCGGUGUGGUGAUGGUGCUGGGCUUUCUGGUGGUCUACAUCAAACAAGUCACGCGCAAACAGCUGCCCUCACUAAAACACCGAAGCAGGGAGAUGUCGCAGCCCUUACUGCAAGAGGACUUGCACCUGUAGCGGAAGAAAUGGAAAUUAUGGCAGGCAUAAAAGAAGAGGAGGUAUCGCUCCCCAAUGUAGUCCACUCUGUCCAGAAGCAUCCCCUAAAUGCCUCCCUUGUACGACUAAAUGCCAUUGUGCUGCGCUUUUUAUUAGUUGGAGAUCAAGGGAAUUUUAUCUAACCUCCUAAUCAUUUAUAGAGGUACAUCUUGCCUGCUUGAGUGUAAGGAAAAUGUCUAGGGUUUGCUUCUGGUGCAGGCUUCAUCAAGAUAAUAAACCUUUACAUGGGCUUUAUAGUGGCUUUGCUUUGAUUGUGAAUUUUACCUAAUAUCAUCUCGUCAUUUUUUUAUUGUCACUUAAUAAGUAAAAAUUCAAAGCUAAGUAUGAACAUUUUGUUGGCCAAAACCAUGACUUGGAUAACAUUAAGGUGUCAAUAUGCUCGAAACAACAAACUUGUUUGUCUGAAGGUAAAAGUGUUUUAUAGCUAUUUGUAGCCAAACAGCCACAGUCGAAGAAGCAAUAAUCGUUUAAAUGACUGCGCGCACUUUCAGACAAUCUUUCCUCGGCAGCAUUCAUAGUGCUGCACUCAUUUGCACAUAGAAGAUGUUAGACACAGCCUUCCCAAUUCCAACGUUCGGUAAGGUGGGGGGGGGAUGAUCCAAAAAGCACUUUGUUUGAAGCAUACUGACACCUUUACUCCCUGACAGUAACACUGGUAUGGACGGCAGUAGAUUUGGUUUAUUCGGCCUUAGAACUAGGCCUUGUCAGGUUAUUGCCACCAAUUGUUCUACUUGUGGUCUGAGCACUGAAUUAAAAGUUACUUUGAAAUACAAAGGCUCGUGAAAUUCAGCUGGUUUCAGGAGAUUGGCUGGGGUCAGUAUUAUUUUUGAAUGUUGGAAGCAGAUGUUCCACUAAAGACUCACUUAAUGUGCCAGGCUACUGCUCAUAUUUGUAGGUCAUUCCAUGAGCCAAUCACAUCACAACCUUGCUCUUUAAUAGUCAGUUACCAUUUGCCUUUUAACUUAACUGGAGAACAUCUCUUUAAGGUGUGCAAUCGUUUGUGUCAGUCUUUUUAUUUUUUUUGUAGAGUUUGUGUUUUGGAAGGCAUUUUCCUAUAUAGCUGACUGUGUACUGUCCUCCUGUUCAUACAUUACUUGACUGUCAUAACCAUUUGUUGGUGUGUGAAGUGCAAUUGCUAUUGGUCAGUAUUUGGUCGUAGGGAUUUUAAGAGUUUUGUUGUUGCUUGGUUGAGAAGACUAUUUCGGCAUGACUUGCAAGAACUGUUCCCCUGAUUUGCGUUACAGGAUAGAUAUGAAACAGAACAAUGGGGCAGUAGUUGGAUGCUUUUUAGGUCAUGUAUUAUUUGCACUUCUUGUUCGUAGUUGCUAUUUGAAAUGAUAAAAAAAAUAAAUUAGGUGCCUCUUGCCAAAAAGCUUUUCAAUUAGCAUAAUCGUAGAAAGUCCAGUAGAAUCCAAAUCUGCAAAUAAACAAUUUGAAUAUUUUUUCAGCAUCUUUAAAAAAAAAAAAAAUUGGUUCAAUUUUCUCCUUAUGCUUUUAGAUGCAUUGACUAAUACCUGUGCCCAAAAAAUGACAGACAUCACUGUGAUAUAUACUUUUUACAAAAUUUAAAUUCAUAAAUUGAAAGCAUUUAUAUGGAUAUUGUUCAUUUACUGAUAGUCUUUUUUUCUUGUGUUGUCUGAUAAUUUUCCCCUGACUUGUUGACAGAGAAAUUAAAUAUAUCCAUAAUAUAUUUAAAUAAUUCAUUUGGAAUUGUUAGAAAAUAAUAAACAUUAGAUUUAUCUCAGUUGAUUAUUAACUUGGAUUUGAAGUAUGGAUAUUUGAUAUAAUUUACAAAUUAACUAUCUUUGCCAUGUUGAUGCCAUUAAAGAUUCUUCUGAAAUUAAAGGGUGAAACUAUGUGAAACAGA